AUGGAUUCCAGCCCCCUCGUCGCCCGCCUCGCUAUCCUCGGAAUCCUGAUCUCCUCUCUCUGCUGGCUGUAUGCAAUCUCGCAGGGCGUCGAGCCCGACCGGCGCAUCGACGACCAGCAACUGCCUAGUGGAGGGUGGUACCUUGGUCCUCGACUACGGUUGAAGGAGUUCAGUCUUGGAGCUGUGGAAGUCGUUGCGCAUGGCCUGACGAGUCCGACCACCUACACCGAUCCCGCCGCUACAACCGUCAUCGCCACCAUUGGAUCAGCAGCCCGUGAGCCAUGGCCGUGA